AUGGCUGAUGCUUCCUCAUGGUUCGUCGCAGAGCCUUGCGCAGAUGCCUUCCUUUCAUUGAGAUCGUAUCUCAUAGAAGCAACAAAACUAAGACCAGAGGGCGAGGAUCUAUCUUCGGCUAGCAAUACGGGACAAUCCAUUGCUCUCAAAUGUGGUCAAGUCAAGUACAGGGAAUACAAGACAGCUUGGAUUAUACAGCACACGUCUAAAUGCAACGAACGAUGGAGCAUCGACUCUCUUGGACGAACUGGUGAGAAUAUAGAAAACCAUACUCCAUCCAAGCCUAGGAAAGUCAGUACCAAAAGGCGGAUCGGUCAAUUGAUCUGUACGAGUCCCCAGGAAUCAACCGUUGGUAACUCUCCUUUGUUCCCUCCAUUACCGCUCGUGCAACUGAUUUAUCGGGCCUUGGAACUCCUUUCCAUACUGAAACAUACGAGGGAUGAAUAUUUUGUAAAUUCGUGUAUGAAGAUUCAACCAGCACUCAACCGGAGAUUGAUUGAUAUCGAACCAAUCUUCAAUGCGCUUUGGGAAAAGCACGCAAAUGGAAAGUCGCGCAAACGAGUGGUGCAUAAGUUAUUUGGCAUUGCAAUUGAAGCCAUCUCAGAUGUUGUUCAGCAGAUGGUGGAACCGUGGGGAGGGCAAUGGAGCAUUUGCAUCGAUCUUCCUCGACGCUCUUCAAAAUUGAAGCCAUACCUUCGAUCUUCGCUCAAAUCAAUCAAGUCAUUCAUUCGUGAAUGUCUUGCUGAUUCCAUGUUGAUAGGAAAAUCUACCAGAAAGAUUCUGGACAGUCCUGAGCGCGAAAGAAUCAGAAUCGACACAACUGAUAGACCGCCCGAUGCCUUAACAUCUUUCGAUACAGACGCAGCCAGCAACAUGAAAUCAAGAAGUAACAACGGUGCAGAAGAGCAUUUGAAGGAAAAGAAAGGUCUGCUUCGAUUGAAAAGUGUAUCUCAUUCGACCUUCGACAGUGGCACGGCUAAGCCGUCUAUCCGAAAUCGAGAGAUUUCAGCCCGGUCUCACGAAUCUGUGCAAGUUGUGCAUUCUUCAGAGAGCUCUCUUCUCGCUUCAAAUGGACACGACAAGACAGGACUUUCCCCACAGAUUGAUUCGGACACUCAAGAUAUCAGUUCCUGUACAAGUCCUGUCACUGGCACUGCGGUCGUAGAGUCGACCGACGUAGAAUUUGGAAAAAAGACAGAAUUAUCUGCAAUUGGACGACAAUUGGGGAACGACUUUGAGACGCGGUUAGACAUCAAAAAAUUUCAUGAGAAGAAGGAAUUGUCAAGCCAGAGCCUUUUUGAAUCCGAAAAUAGGAAGUAUAAGCAUUGCAAUCGUGGGGAAACACUGAAUCUCAUUGUGGACGAAGAUAGUUGCACGAGUCGAAACAAAGACGAGAUAUCUUCGCAAAGCACGGAAAAAUCAACAAGUACAAUGGAAGUGCAAGUGGAGACUAAGCACGAAGACUUGAGAAUAGACUCCACUGUAGCAGGUUACUGUAGUGAACCGAUUGGCCUCGAUGCGGUUGCCGACAAGGCACCACAAGUCUCAGGAUUGCUGGCAAGCAGACAGCUUCGUUCUGCGUCAGCCCACUCUGCCGAUAUUGACCUAGGUACUGAGAAUUUGGACGAUAAAGACAGUUCCUGGAUGAAACUGGCCCACAUGGGGCACAUCAGCGAUUAUCACGGCUACCAACGGCAGCACCAAAGUUUUGUUCCACUGAAAUAUAGUGGAUCAGUUUCGGAGACUCGUGCGUCAAUCGAGGAAAAAUUGAAAGAGCUAAGAACUGUGUUCUCAACAGCUAAUGAAGACGCUGAUUCGGACCAAGAAGACUAUAGUGCGGCCGUUUUUUCACACUCAAAAUUCCAAGAAUAUGAACGCAAACAAAGAAGCAAAUCUACACUUAAGAUACCUAUCACAAUGAAGGAGACGCCGUUUGGUGGAGAAUUCGAAAAUCGACCGUUUCGCUUCACGUCUGCUACUUCUGCAGACCUUACUCCAAAAAAGAGGAAACAAGAUUCUCUUCGUCACAUCAGUUGGAUUCCUACCCCGAACUUUAGAUCGAUCGAAACAGAUCCCCUAACGUUUUGGAGAGAUACCCAAAACAGGGCAAAACGCCCUCGCAGAACUGCCGAGCUCAACGAAUUGAAGAAAAUAUCUGUGAUGAUGUUGAGUGAGAUGUAUCACACGCUCCGAUUCAUCGAAGAUUACAACGAAGGCAUUUCCACUAAGUUUGAUGUUGAUACAGUUGCGGAUCCAGGGAUGUGCGAAUCCCAUUUGGGAGAUAAGGAAUCAAGUGCUGCAAAGCCGUUAGAAAGCACGAAGACGUUCAGAAAAAUCUUUGAUUCUGAUGUACAAUCACUUGCGAAGUCUGUGGAUGAGCUCCCGUUGAAGACCAUGUUCAUGAACAACUAUGAAGACAUACAGAAGCAGUUCAUUUCUCUUCGCCAAUUGCCGGAAGAUUCAAAGUUUGAAGUGUUGAGAUUGUCUAUUGAGACGGCCAUUGGCGAAAAGACAAUUCGGCUUUUCAGUGAUGAAGAGAUAGUCAAGGAGGAGAAAUCACGGACCAGAAUUGCGCGAGGGUACAAGCGAAAGGCCGACCAAGAAAAGAUAGAAAAGAAGCAUCAUGAAGACGAACGACUGCUCCUGCUGAGGGAGUUCGAGUACGCGAACCGGAAUAAGAAACCAUCCGCUGCGGAAAUUGAAAUGGAAAGAUUCGAAUCAAGGCCUAUUCAGAUGGUUGAUCAUUCUAGCAACGAAGGGAAAAGAGAACGCUGUCAACUAGAUACUUCAUGCAGCCUUUGUAAACCUGCAGCUCUAUCGAAAUUGUCAGCUCCAAGUGAUGAUGGUGAGGUCACAAUCAUUCAUAACCCAAAGACCCGACGGGUCGAUCUUUAUGCCAUUAAGGAUGAAGACUCGCACAGGGGGUCGCUCCUUGAAGGUGAUUCCGGCGACGCUUCGCUAAGGAGCCUUAUGGAGAUGAAGCAUAUACUUGCCUUUAUUGAGAAGUACAAAACGGGAAUGAUCCGAUGA